UCUGAGGCUCAGGUAAGAGGGCCGGUGUUGGAAGGCGGCACACCCAGAGGGGACGCGGAGAGAGCAGGACGCAGCCAUGGAUGCUGCUAGGAGAGGAGAUACCCAGACAGUGGUCUGGACCACGGGAUGGCUGCUGUUGCUGCCGCUACUGCUGUGUGAAGGAGCGCAGGCCCUGGAGUGCUACAGCUGCGUGCAGAAGGCAGACGACGGAUGCUCUCCGCACAAGAUGAAGACAGUCAAGUGUGGUCCAGGAGUGGACGUCUGUACCGAGGCAGUGGGGGCGGUGGAGACCAUCCACGGGCAAUUCGCUGUGGCGGUGCGGGGCUGUGGUUCCGGACUCCAGGGCAAGAACGACCGCGGACUGGACCUUCACGGGCUCCUUGCCUUCGUCCAGCUACAGCAGUGCACCGAGGACCGAUGCAACGCCAAACUCAACCUUACUUUGCGAGGACUCAACCCUGCAGGCAACGAGAGUGCAUAUGAGCCCAACGGCGCAGAGUGCUACAGCUGCGUGGGACAGAGCCGCGAGGAGUGCCAGGGCACCAAGCCGCGGGUUGUGAACUGCUACAACGCCAGCGGGCGCGUUUACAAGGGAUGCUUCGAUGGCAACGUCACCUUGACGGCAGCCAAUGUGACUGUGUCCUUACCUGUCCGAGGCUGCGUCCAGGAUGAGUCCUGCACCCGGGACGGGGUGACAGGUCCAGGGUUCACACUCAGCGGCUCCUGCUGCCAGGGGCCCCGCUGUAACUCUGACCUUCGCAACAAGACUUAUUUCUCCCCUCGAAUCCCACCCCUAGUCCUACUGCCCCCUCCAACCACCCUAGCCCCGUCCACUCGGGCCCAGACCUCCUCCAGCACUACCUCCACAGGAGCCCCAACCACGACCACCUCCACCACCAAGCCCACCUCAGCCACAGCCAGCCACAGUUCUCCUCAUGAGGUAGAACACGAAGCUGCACAAGAUGAGGAGUCGCACUUGACUGGAGGUGCUGCGGGCCACCAAGACCGCAGCAAUAUGGGGAAGUACCCCCCAAAAGGUGGGGACCAGAUCCCGGCUAAUGAAGGCUCAGCCUCCGUGGUUCUGGGGUCUGGGUUGCCAGCUCUUCUGUUGACUGUGGCUGCUGGUGCGCUGCUGUGAGCUUCUCAUCUUGAAUUGUCCAUCUCACCUUGCUUCCCUGGCCCUGGGGUACCAACUCUUUCUGUUUCUCACUGGACUGGACUGGCUCAGCCCCUCCGUAUCCCCCGGCACCCCCAGUUCCACUGCGCUGGUUUGCAGCUUUGGGAAACAGCCUACUGUUGUAAAUAUACUUGCUGGGGUGGCCCAGCUUCUUGAUGCAGCGACUGCAUCCCCCCGUGAUGGUGACCAGGAAAGAGGGAAGAAAAACCCACCGGCAGAGGGAGGCCCAGAGAGUCCCUGGCUAGCUUCCUCUUCCUGUUUUCAUAGCCAGGCUAGAAGAUGACCAGGCAGGUGGACAAAGGAUUCAUCUCCUGAAUGCUGCGCUUGCCUGUCGGAAUCUGAAUCUUGUACCUGUCUUCCUUAGGAGACUGAACUACUCCAGGGCAGGGACAAACCUCUGGCCUUUCUAUGUGUUCUGGCGGGCACAGGAAGGCAUCAAUAAAGAUUUAGUUACUUUGUAUAGUGGGUUAACUGA